CCAUGAUUACAGAACUGUGGCCAUAUGAUAAAGCCACGGUUUCAGUUUAACGUUUAACAUACAGUUUUGGUUCAAGAUAUAACCACAGUUUGGUUAUGACCACAGAUUUAAAACCGUGGUUAUAUGUUAUGCAUUCUAAACCAUUAAUCUUGCCACGGUUUAUUUCUGUAUCAUUACCUUAUUUGUACAAAUCAAUCUCUGUAUGUUAUUGCUCUUGAAUUCUUGGCUUUGAGUUUUUUAUUAUCAAUGUCAUAUCUUUAUAAAAUGGACAUGGGCUCUUUUUUUUUCACCACUUAAUCUUAAUAUAUUGAAUAGGAUUAAGUGGAACAAGAGAUUAUAUAUGUUGAUUUUAGGUUUGGGGGAUGAAUUUGUGUGACAAAGCCUACUUUGUUGAUCUAUUUGUGAGAGCAUCAAAUGCACCAGCCAUCAAGAUGUAUGAAAAGGCACUAUUCCAGAUCCAGGGUUCUUAUCUCUUAACCAAACCUCCAAAAACCGCUACCAUGCCAAAUUCUCUCAGUUACUUUUCUUCUUCAGGGAAGUUUUCUGUUCAGAAUAAACCCAGAUCAUUUUCACUUGUUACCAAUGCCAGUAAAAAAGAUAAGAAAGAAGAUAGCCAUAGCUUUGCACCCAAAUUGGAUGAAGUCACUGGGUUCUUCCCUGAAUCAGUUCUUCUAAAAAAGAAGGAAGUUGAGGAAGAUGGUAAACUUCUUCCGGAGUUUGAAGAUGAAGAUGAAAAGAACUAUACGAAUCGUUUGCACUUGAAGUGGAAACUGAUAUGGAUGUUGAAUUAUUGUGGUGUACAGACAGAGAACCUGAAUCCUUCUAACAUCCAAUGCACAUGUUCAUACAUCUUUUCACAUAUGGGCGAAGACCUAACACUUUGGUUAUGGCCAUGGAAUAUGAACUUCAUGCUCUAAGGGAUCAAAUUCAAGAAAAAUCUAUAUUUUCAAUUCACCUUCUAAAUUCAAGAAAAAUCUAUUUUAAAUUGAAUAUUGACUUAUGAUAUGCAUGUAGUGUAUAUAGAUAAGACACUAAUGUGUUAUGGUUUAGGAAUGAUUUGAAUUGAAAGGGUGUUUGCAGGAAAUUUAUGAAAGAAUAUUGCAAAGCAUCUUAAUUUGAUGAUUUAAUAUAAU